AUGGCUUAUUUCAAUAUUGAAAGCUUCAAAACACAAUAUUUUUUAGUGUUUUCGGCGCUUAAUUUGCUUCGUGUUGUUAAUACAUUUGAUGGCGCCGUCAAUAUGAUCGGUGGAUCCAUUGUUAUGACAGCUCUGGCCUGGAAUGUCACUAAAUAUAUCCGAAAAUAUUUAAAUCGCGAGUAUUUGCCAUCCAGUAAAAAGGCUGUCCUCAUCACUGGAAGUGAUAAAGGGUUAGGACAUGAUUUAGCCGUUAAACUUAACGAACAGGGCUUUAGAGUGUAUGCAACUGUCAUGGAUAUCAAUAAUCCGAUUAUUGACAAACUGAUGACUGGUUCCAGAUAUGAGAAUCUAAUGAAUGUCAAGAAGAUGGACGUAACUAAUGAAGAGGAGGUCAACAAAGUGGCAAAAGAAGUAAGCGAUGAGUUGGUCGCCAAUGAAGAGUCGUUGUGGGCAGUGAUCAACACAGUCGAAGUACAAGAGUUCGGUCACUUUGAUUGGUCACAGUUUUCGAUGUAUGAAAAGAUUUUUGAUGUCAACACCUUUGGAACUGUUCGAGUGAUACGCGCUUUUCUGCCACUUCUUCGUAAAUCAAAAGGCCGUAUUGUAAAUGUUGAGAGUAUUGCCGGACGACUGACUCUACCAAAACUGACGGCUUAUUGUAUGUCAAAACACGCAAAUCAGGCCUUCAAUGAUGCGCUCAGACGUGAAUUAUAUGAAUGGGAUAUCAAAGUGUCAACCGUUGAGAUGGCGUUUGACCGAAAGGCUGGCCAACUGUCCACACAAAACAAAUUUUCUCGAUCAGUGAACAAACAGUGGGCAAUGACUCCCGAUUAUAUUAAAGAUUUUUAUGGCAUUAACUAUUUGGAUCAAAUUAAAAUCGAAAAACUAACACAAAUUUUCCAAAACAACCUGGAUGAAACUAUGGAUAAUUUAGUGGAUGCAGUUAGAAGUCCAGAUCCGGCCAUUAGGUACACUCCAUACACGACUAUCAAAGCCAAAGUAUGGGCUAAUUUAGCACAAAUGGUACCAACAGAGUGGUUGGAUAAGUAUUAUUACUCAACAGAAAAGGACUCUCCAAAACCUACCACUCCAUCAAAUUCAUCGACUACUGAGACAACAUCGUCAGAAUCUUCGACAACUUUACCAACAAGUGAUACAACAAUUACAACACCAACUAAUACUACCGCUACUUCUGAUUUACAAAAACCUAAAACUUUAUAA